GGGGAAUCACUUCCGGGUGAGCGGCGCGGCGGCUCUCCGGAAGUUGGCUUUGAAGAGGGGCAAGUCAAAAGAGACCUCAAGCAGUGGCAGUUUGUGCCAUGGCCUCCGACCUGGACUUCUCACCUCCCGAGGUGCCUGAGCCCACUUUCCUGGAGAACCUGCUGCGCUACGGACUCUUUCUGGGUGCCAUCUUCCAGCUCAUCUGUGUGUUGGCCAUCAUCAUACCUGUUCCCAAGUCCCACGAGGUGGAGAUGGAACCAUCUGAGCCUAGAAGUGCAGAGGUGGUACGGAAGCCCAAGGCUACUGUUCCUUCUGUCAGCAAGAGGCCCAAGAAGGAGACAAAGAAGAAGCGGUAGAAGUGGAAGCUUGAGGGGCCAGGUUGGUGGCCUGAGCACCCUGGGACAGCUCUCCCAAGAAUCAACAUCCUGUUAUCUUUCUGAGAUGGCUGCACCGCCCUCUGACUACAGAGAUCCCUACAGUCAUGAUGGUCCCCAGGCUUCAGCCAGGCAGAUCUUCCUUGUGCUCCUGCAUUGCUUUAGAGUACAAGGGACCAUAAUGCCCAUGACAGAUGCUGCACCGAGAGGGUUUCUAGAAGUUCCGUCAGCUCUCUACUUGAUCCUUGCAUCCAGCCGCUAGUGGAGUCACACUCCCAUUUGGAGACAUGACCUAGUGCUACUGACAGGCACCCUCUCCCAGUAUUUGUGCAUCUCCUGCUCAUUGUCACCUUCAUCUCUGCUGUGUAAGGUGUCAGGCCUUGCUGUGCUUAGGUUGGGAUGUCAUGGUCAUGCAGGGUUAGCAAUCCCACAUUCCUCAAAAGGCUAGGUGCCAAAGGUGCCCAGUGGGAGAACUUGUAGAAGGCCUGGACCAGAUAAUGCCCAUUCUCCAGCACGUGGAAGGGAUGUGGCUGAAUGUGUGGAUUUCUUGGGCACAAACUGAGCCUCUGAAAUACCAGGCUUGCCACUUUCAGACCAACCUCUUUUCAUCCCACCAUGACACACUUCAUGACACACUUGUACCUGCAUACUCUUCUCUGCAAUUCUUUUAUUCUCUGACCAGUGAGGAAAAGUUACGUUGAGAAAUAAAGGUCAAUAAACUCAUGCAUGCUGAACCUGCCAGUCAAUAAACUCCGCUGCCAGGGAAUGGGGCAGCCUGGGUUUCUACCUGGGAGCAAGGGAAAAGCCAGCACCCGGAGAAGUGGGACAGUGGGGCAAGAUGGGCAGGACAGGGUAACUUUGGUCAGAGCAGCCCUGCAG